AUGUUCUGUUGCACUCUUGAAGAUCCCCAGGAUCGCACCCCGGCGAUUUGUAUGUGCCUGCUUGGCUGCUACGACGCCAUGAGCAAAAACUUGGGACACAAGGUAACCUCGGAAAGAAUUCUGCCAUUGAUGAUGCCUCUUUUGGUGGAAGAGGGGCUCUCUUUUGAUCAGUGGGAGACGCAAUUGUCUGUGGCCAAGAAGUUGAUGCAACGUGUGGAGAGUGCCAGAAGGAAAGAAUACGAAGCACGAAAAGAUCUUCAGGCUGAAUCGGAGCAAGCGCUAGGUGCGAAGGCUCCUGCCCCAGCACCAGAACAAACGAAGGCAGAGCCGCAGGACUUUGAGUCCCUUCUCAUGGGAGGGCCUCCAAAGGCUGCUCCUUCGCCUGCACCUGCAGCUCCUGUUGCCCCGGCUCCUCCUCCGCCUGCCAACGAUCUUACAUCUAUGGGCAUUUCUGGGUUUGACAAACCCACUCCAUCAGUGCCCUCAUCAGGUUUGGGCAAUGGUUUCGAUCCAUUUGCCACGUCUGGAAAUUCGAUGUCAAUGCCGACUCCACAACCCACUCCAAGCUUUGAUCCCUUUGGCGGGUUGGGGGGCUCUGGUUCCUGUGGUGGCCAAGGUGCCGCAUUUGGUUCCAAUGGAGCAGCCAUGCCGGGCGUGACAGGAGGUAUGGGAGGCUGUGGAGGAAAUGCAUCGAUAGGGUAUCCAAAUGCCUGUGGAGGUACCAUGCCGGGUCCGGGCCCAGGUUCGCUUCCAUUUGGUCAGCCAUCGCCUGGUCCAGCCAAUAUGGGUGGCAUUCGAAACUUGAAUUAUGACCCCUUUGCCGAAUGUGAGACAGGAAAAUGA